GAGAGAAGGCGAUAUACGGAAGAGACGUCGUAGUCGGUCUGUGUGUGUGCAUGCACUAUAUCUGUGUGUGUGUAUGUAGGGACCCAAGUCUCGCAGCGGACCCGAGGCGCGUGGUGUGGUGUGCUGCGGCUGUGUGCACGGGAGUAGUGUAGUAACUUCAGUCUCGAGCCGGCUUCGAAGCGCGACGGUCCCUUUUGCAUGCGACUUGCAGUGGUUAAUAAUAUAUACAUAUGCGCGUGAGAGUGAGCCGCGCGAUGUGGUGAUUCUUUCGAGGUAUAGGUGAAAAUCGGCCGAUUCUCGAUACACGCAUAAUAAGCGGAGAGCUCAGUGAAAACGCGUAUCUUUUUUUUUCUACUUUUUUUUCUAUUUUCUUUUAUUAUUUGUGAAUUAAUUCUCAAUCGCCGAGUGAUGUUGAGACGUUGAAUCUUCUCUCCUGUCAUCCUGUUUGACAAUGAUGACGAUCGUCAAGAGUCGUCAUCGCCGCCGAGCAGCAGCAACGGCGGAUCGUUAUUAUGUCACGAUUUCGGCGGGCCAGCUGCUGUGCUAUUGUUUGCUCUUGAUACUCCUGCAGGCCAACGGUGCGAUCGGCGAAUGCCCAGAAGUGAAGGCACCCCAGUGGGGCUCGGUGCGCGAGCGGGUGCGAGCCGACGGCUCUCUGGAGACGAUUUACUCGUGCGAGCCGGGACGCAAGAUCAAGGGUCACAAGGUGCUCACCUGCAUCGAGAACGGCUGGAAUCGACCCGUGCCCACCUGCGUACCCAUCGGAGGUGGCGAGGCGAACUUUCGUCAGGACUUUUUCCUGGGCGACGAGCCACCGCCGCCGAUCGUCAAGUCGUCGAGGAGGAAGAAGCAGCCGAACAAGAAGAGGGGCAAGGGACGCAAGAAGGAGUACCUGGGCAGCUUCAACGCGGAUUUUUUGGCGCGCCUCGACGCCAGCUGUCCGGGUAAACAGAGAGACUCGCAGCCGGCCGUGAAGCCGCCUCGCGUCAAAAAUGCUCGCGUUCAAAAAUCCACCAAAAAAAACCUCGAGCCGCCGCACAAUCGAUACCAGAUGGCGAUUUACAAGUGCGACGAGGGCUACGCGCUGCGAAAUCCCGACCAGGAGGUGCUCUACUGCAGCAACGGCACGUGGCUCGGCGUACUUCCCGAAUGCGUCAGAAUCGACGAUCUGAUCACGGUGAAGCCAUUGACGAGGAGAUGCAGCAGCGACGGCGCCGUUUGCCAGCAAGUCUGCACCGACACCGAGGACGACAUUAAGUGUAGCUGCUUCGACGGAUAUAGCAUGGAUGAAGCGUUCAAUUGCAUCGAUAUCGACGAGUGCGCGGAAGGCACGUCGGGCUGCGAGCACACGUGCCACAACGACCUUGGCUCCUAUCGCUGCGAGUGCCAUCCUGGCUACGAGCUGGACCAGCUGGAUAAUAAAUCCUGUCGAGACGUGGACGAGUGCGCAGAGAACGACGGCAAAGGGCCCUGCGAGCUCGGCUGCAACAAUCUCGCCGGCGGUUACGAGUGCAGCUGCGACGCUUGGCCCGGCUAUAAAUUGAGACCGGACAAUCGCACUUGCGAGGACGUGGACGAGUGCGCCCGCGGAGACAAUGGCGGCUGCUCGCAUACCUGCUACAAUACGCCCGGCAGCGCUUACUGCUUAUGCCCCGAUGGCUACCGCCUGGCCGACGAUUACAAGACCUGCGAGGACGUCAACGAGUGCGAGGCCGCGAGAAAGCUGUGCAACGACAAGACCGAGGAGUGUCAUAAUUUGCCGGGUGGCUACAAGUGCGUGCCGAGGCUGAAAAAGAAGACGAAGCAGCUGCCCGAGGACGAGUACGACGCGGAGAACGACGACGAGGAGGAGGAGGACGACGAUUACGACGGCGAGGACGACGACAGCGAGGGUGACGAUGGCGACGGAGACGACGACGACGAGCAGGCCAUCACCGAGUCGUCGAGCUUUUACGAGUGCAACAUCGGCUACAGGAAGAAUCACGAGGGUAUCUGCAAAGACAUCAACGAGUGCGAGGAGGACGAGGACGACUACGAGCGUCGCUGCUCGCACCUGUGCAACAACUUCGACGGCGGCUACUCGUGCAGCUGCCACCCGGGCUACGAGCUGUCGGCCGAGGACGCCUCGAGCUGCCACGACAUCGACGAGUGCUCGCUGCGUCCCCGGCCCUGCUCGCACUACUGCAACAAUACCGUGGGCUCGUACGCGUGCUCCUGUCCCGUGGGUCUCGUGCUCGGUCGCGACCAGUCCAACUGCGAGAUCCCCCGCGACCGGCAGACCUGCGCGAAUCUCCGGACGCCGUGCGUGCACGGCUGCGAGGACACGGGCCAAGGGCCACGCUGCGUCUGUCCGCCGGGCCACGAGCUCGUCGACGGCGUUCGGUGUCUGGACGUCGACGAGUGCGCCCAGGGCGAGAGCCGGCACGGCUGCGAGCACAACUGCCUGAACCGGGUGGGCGGCUACGAGUGCACCUGCAAUCCGGGCUGGUAUCUGAAGGAGGACAACAGGACCUGUCAGGACAUCGACGAGUGCGUGAUCAAGAGCUCGUGCGAGCACGAGUGCGUCAAUACCCCGGGCUCGUUUCUGUGCCGCUGCCCCAGCGGAUUUCGACUGGGCGAGGGUGGAUCGACUUGCUGGGACGUGGACGAGUGCAAGGACGCCAGCCACGAGUGCUCCCACGCGUGUCACAACGAGCGAGGCAACUACACCUGCUCCUGUCCCGAGGGGAUGACUCUGGCCGAGGAUCGGGUCACUUGCGUGGCCAUGAGCUGCGAGCAGCUCGGCUGCACCCACGGCUGCGUGAGAGGCGAGGGCUGCCACUGCCCCGACGGCUACGACCUGCUGGACGAUCGGAAAACCUGUAAGGAUCGCGACGAGUGCCUUAGCAAAACGAACGGAUGCAGCCACCUGUGCAUCAACACGCCAGGCAGCUACAAGUGCGACUGUCCCCUGGAGAUGGUGCUGCUUCCCGGCGGUCGAAUCUGCACGAGCGGCGGAUGCGCCGUGGGCAUGAAGCCCGCAGCCGACAAGGGUAAGUGCGAGGACAUCGACGAGUGCCUUGUGCCGGAGUACAAUCGCUGCUCCCAUCUCUGCGUCAAUCUGCCCGGCACCUACAAAUGCGAGUGCCCCGAGGGACUGAGCCUCGACCUGGACGGCCAUUCCUGCCGCACCUACGAUCCCUGCCGGAACUCCAGCUGCGAGCAAAAGUGCUUCGCCAAGAACGAGACCGGCUUCGAGUGCGGCUGCCACGAGGGCUACGAGCUCGAGAUCAACGGUCACGGCUGCAAGGACGUGGACGAGUGCGCCAACGGCGGCAAACACGGCUGCUCGCACGAGUGCGUCAACACCCAGGGCAGCUACGAGUGCUCCUGCCCGGCCAACUGGUCACUCGGCCCCGACGGCCGCCACUGCCUCCACCACAAAAAAGAAGUCAAAGAGAAUCGAUGCGCCAGCGAGUUCGGCUGCUCGCACACCUGCGAGGAGGACGGCGGCCGGGUGCGCUGCGGCUGCCCCGAGGGCUACGAGCUCUCGCCCGAGGACGAGAAGACCUGCCGCGACGUGAACGAGUGCCAGGAGGGCCUGUACGCCUGCUCGCAGCGCUGCGUCAACACCGAGGGCUCGUACAGGUGCGAGUGCGAGGCCGGCUACGAGCUGCUCGACGACAAGUGGUCCUGCAGCGACGUGGACGAGUGCUACCAGGGCCAGCACGACUGCGCCGACGCCUGCGUCAACACCGCCGGCUCCUACAUAUGCUCCUGCCUGGACGGCUACGCGCUCAACGACGACAACAAGACCUGCAGCGACAUCGACGAGUGCGAAGAUAAUAAUAAUAAUCCGUGCGAGUUCAAGUGCGUGAAUCACGAGGGUGGUUUUAGCUGCGAGUGCCCCCGGGAGACUCACUCGCUGCAUCGUGACAACAAGACCUGCCUGGAGACGACUCGCUGCCAGGGCGAUCACGGCUGCUCGCACGAGUGCCACGUGGUCGAGGGCCUGAACAAAUGCCAGUGUCCGGACGGAUACGUGCUCGCCGACGACGCGAAAUCCUGCCGGGACGUGGACGAGUGCUCGAUCAACAACGGCGGCUGCUCGCACGGCUGCGACAACAGCGAGGGCUCUUACAGGUGCACCUGUCCUGGUCUCCAUCGUCUCUUGGAGGACGGCCGACUCUGCGUCGAGAUCAACGACUGCUACAUCAAAAACGGCGGCUGCUCGCACCGCUGCAGCUACGAGCACGGGGCGACCCACUGCUCCUGUCCCGAGGGUAUGAAACUGGCAGAGGACGGCCGCAAGUGCCUUAAGGACGACGAGUGCGCCCGCGACAACGGAGGCUGCUCGCAUCUGUGCGAGGUCAAGGUGGUCGACAACAACAACGUCACCAGCUGCGGCUGUCCCAGCGGAAUGAGGCUGGGCCCGGACAAUCGCACCUGCGCCGACGUCGACGAGUGCCUCGAGAACCUGGACAACUGCACGCACGGCUGCGUCAACACGUACGGUGGCUACGACUGCAGCUGCGGGCCCGGCUUCGAGCGCAACCCCGAGGACCGGGCACUGUGCGACGACGUGAACGAGUGUUUUCGGGACAACGGCAACUGCUCGCACGUCUGCAACAACACCGUGGGCGGCUAUCACUGCUCCUGCUUUGCCGGCUCGGUGCUGGCCGAAAAUGGCCUGGACUGCCUCGAGUCCAAGGUCUGCGGCGCCGAGAGCAGCCACUGCUCGCACUACUGCCACGUGGACGCGCGCACCAACGCCGUCAGCUGCUCCUGUCCGCGGGGCUACCGACUGAAACAGGACCUCAAGACCUGCGUGGACAUCGACGAGUGCGAGGAGUUCGAGAACGACGUCGGUGGCAGUGGUAGCGGCGGGGGCUGCUCGCACGGCUGCGUGAACGUGCCCGGCAGCUAUCGUUGCUCGUGUCCAGCGGGCUACACGCUGUCUCAGAGCGACAAGAGGAGUUGCGUCGAUCUCAACGAGUGCCUCGAGCCCCACAAUCACAACUGCUCGCACGACUGCGUGAAUCUGGUGGGCAGCUACCUGUGCACCUGUCGGGAGGGCCACUACCUGUCGCCGGCGGACAACUCCAGCUGCCUGGACAUCGACGAGUGCGCCCAGGACAACGGCGGCUGCUCCAAGUACUGCAACAACACCUUGGGCGCCUAUCACUGCUACUGCCCGGCCGGCUUCAGGCUCGACGACGACGAGAAGACCUGCCUCGAUAUCGACGAGUGCGAGGAGGACCGUACGAUCUGUUUCCACGAGUGCCUCAACACCCUCGGCUCGUACGAGUGCGUCUGUCCGGACGGCUACGCUCUCUCGGUGCUGGAUCGUCGCACUUGCAUCGCCGCCGACAGAUGCGAGCUCGACAACGGCGGCUGCUCGCACACCUGCUACAACGUCGCCACCGGCAUCAAGUGCACCUGUCCGCUGGGCUGGUAUCUGGACGCCGACGAGAAGACCUGCCUGGACGUCGACGAGUGCGCCAUCGGCAACGGCGACUGCCCCGAGCUCUGCGAGAACGUCGAGGGCGGCCACCGAUGCACUUGCCGGCCGGGCCACGUCUACCAGGCCGAGUACAACGUGUGCGUGGACCUGGACGAGUGCGCCCACGGCAACAACGGCGGCUGCUCGCACUACUGUCGCAACACCAAGGGCGCCUACUACUGCGAGUGUCCCGAGGGCUCGAGGCUGCUGGACAGCGACAAUCGUACCUGUGUGGUGAUAGACGAGUGCGAGGACUGCGAAACGACGCAGCGGAUCGACAGCAACGACGAGGACAACGACAAUCCGUGUGAUGCGGCGAGUAACGGCGGCUGCGAGCAAAUAUGCCAAUUCGACGAGCUACUAGAAGGCGGCGGCAAAGUUAUCUGCUCCUGUCGUCGCGGUUAUCGCGUUUCCGAGACCAAUAGCUCGGCCUGCGUCGACAUCGACGAAUGCUCGGAGGCCGAGUCGAGUAGCGAGGAGGAGGAGGAGGAACACGGCUGCGAGCACGAGUGCGUCAAUACGCCCGGCUCCUACGAAUGCCGAUGCAAGCCCGGCUUCGAGCUCAGAGACGGCGCUUGCCACGACAUCGACGAGUGCCAAAUCGACAACGGCAAUUGCGAGCAGUACUGCAUCAACGGCCUCGGCUCUUACACCUGCUCAUGCUAUUCCGGCUACUACGUCAACAGGAGAAACACAAGCCAGUGUCUGGCGGUGAACGAGUGCCUCUAUCAGAACGGCGGCUGCAACGGCGACUGCGUCAGCACCAACGGCAGCUACUACUGCGUCUGUGCCGACGACCUGGUGCUGGCCGACGACAAGAGGACAUGCGUGCCGAGGGAGCAGCAGCAGAGAUGUCCGGCCUUCCCCGAGCCGGAGUACGGCGAGACGAGGUGUCCGGAGCAUCCGUCGGGAGCCCAGGAUUAUCCCGCAGGAGCCAAGUGCCACGUGAGGUGCAGACGAGGCUUCAGACUGGAAGGCUCUUAUCUGCGAACGUGCCAGUCCGGAGGCCGGUGGGACGGCGAGCAGCCGCGCUGUCUGCGACGCGCCGCCAUCGCCACGGGCAGCAGCAACGACUACUACUAUCAGCCGAGCGGCGGCAGCGGCAGCGAGGCGCGUCCUUACUACACCUUCGAGAGGCAUCGUCAUCCCCACUACGCGAUCGGGGAGGAGGCGAGGGACGACGAACCACCGGAACGGCCCUACAUAAGGUGUCCCAACGACAUGGACGUAGAGCUGCCGCCCAGGAGUGGCACCAUGAGGAUCACCUUCUCGAAGCCCAAGACCAACGUCGAUUUUAAUAGGUACGUCGAGGCCGAUCCGGCCUGGGGCAAACAAUUGCAGGCCGAUUUAUCCGCCGGCGACACGAUCGUCACUUUUACGGCCAGAACUCCCGUGUCGAACAACACUGCCAGCUGCCGACUGAUGAUCAGAAUACGAGAUUUGGAAAAUCCGCAAGUACUGAUCUGCCCGCAAACGUUCGAGGUGCUGCUGAAUCCGGGCGAGCGCGAGAGGAAGAUAUUUUGGCAGGAUCCCGUGUUUCACGACAACGUCGACGUCAAACACAUCUACAAAUCACGGGAGCCCGGCCAACUGCUGCACGCUGGUUAUCACGACGUGCGCUACAUCGCCUCGGACGCCGCGGGAAAUCGAGCCGAGUGUCGUUUCACCAUACACAUUAUAGAGUCGGAUAGGCGAGCGGCUUCGUUAUCCGCAAUGGAGCACGAGCUGCAGCAGCCAUAUCGCAGAAUGCUGAUCUGUCAGGACAGGCCGCCUCAAGAAAUAUCUCAGUCGGAAAGGUGGCAGAUUCCGAGCGGCUGUUACAUGCGCUACAUGCGCACCUCGUCGAGCCCGUACGUCCUGCAGCAGCAGAGAGCCGCGGCCAUGGCCAGCAGCGCGAGCAGCAGUCAUUAUCAGCGCGGCGAGUACCAUCAGAUGCGGAGGCCACCGCCACCCCCGCCUCGAAGUAGCAUCGCUAGGCUGCCUCCCCAGGCACGAGCUCUGUAUCCGCUCGUUGACUGUAAGUUUUCAGGACUCGAUACUUACGAGAUGGUGCACUACGAAAAGUAAACACAACCCAACUACUAAACACACA